AUGCCGCGUGCAUACAGUCAAGAUUUACGAUGGAGAGCAUUUUGUUUGACAGAAAUCAUGGGUUUUCAUAUGGACGAAGUGAGCAUCCUAUUACAGAUGUCGAAGAAAAUGAUUUCCCGGUAUAUAUGGAAAUUUCGUAUGCUAGGUCAUGUAGACACGGCUGUUAUCGGCAGACCAUAUGCUUGCAUAGCAAUGCGCACGAGGAGCUUGUUAUCAUGGAAGUUCUACUGCAGCACCCAGAACGAACAUUACCUGAAACGUAACAACAUUACACGUAAGAAGGUUGGUCUAUUUUACAAUGUCGUUCCUAUAUAGUAAUAAUAAUUUCUCUGCGUUUGCAUGCAUGUGUAUACUAUUUAAGGCAAAACUUAUUUGUUUAGCUAGCUAUAAUUGCCCGACAAAGAUGCGAAAAUGCAAGAGAGGAAUUCAGAGCGGCAACGGGAUUCUUUUCGGUAGAUAUGUUCGUUUUCUUAGACAAGAGUGGAUACGUAAGUUUCACAACUUUGGCCGCAUGGUCCUGUUAAAGCAAGUGUAUAAUAAAAAUAGCGAAUAUGCACUAAAUAAUAGACGUGUUUAUUUAUUUUAUAUUUCUAUACGUUUGCAGGAUAAAAGACUUUUAAGAUCGUAUGGAUACAAUUUAAAAGGACGACGUGCAAGAAUCAGAAGACGAUAUUUGCCUUUGGGACCACGUAUAACCGCGAUUCCAAUUAUCUGCAACGAAGGCUUGCUUGACGUCGCAAUGUAUGAAGGGCAUGUCAAUGGAGAAACAUUCCUUGAAUUUGUGAAUGAUGUAUUGAUCCCAUGCUUAGUGCUGUUUGAUGGUUUUAAUCCUCGAUCCAUUGUGAUACUCGGUAAAGUAUUUCUUUUAUACCUGCAUGGUUUUAUCGUUUAAACCUGUACAUUUCAAUUAGUUUAAACUUGUGUCUAUAAAUGUUACAAUUCUUACAGAUAAUGCAGCUAUUCACCACACGGAAGACGUUGUUGAUGCAAUAAAUGCUACUGUAGCUCUCCUCAUAUUUUUGCCACCGUAUUCACCUGAUUUCAGGCCUUGGGAAGAGCUUUUUUCCCAGUCUAAAAACUAUAUUCGACAAAACGACGUUGCGUGGCAAGACUCGCCCGAUCCAGCAUUGAUGGUGUUUGAUUCAUUUCUUCAAGUGACAGAUGGAGAAAUACAAAUAAACUAUAUUAGGCAUGCUGAAUAUGCAUAA